AUGCGUUGUAAACGCUACACGUAGCCGAUGGGUUGAUUUUUACACGUUUCGAUUCACAGUUUUCUUUAACAAACUACCGAAAUGUUCCGGAAAUUGAAAAACAAGAUAGAAGAGGAGGCGGGGAAAUCGCCGGUGAACAGGCUGCUGUCAGGCGCUUCGCCCUCCAAGGGAGAAUCGGACAGUCCAAGUCACGCUCCCCCCGUCAGCGUUAAUGCAUCGUCCCCAGCCACCCCCCUGGCCAGGAAACCGGCGAUCUGGUCAGCAGGGACCCCCCGCAGACUGGACCAGACUCCCACCAAGGUGAAAGCUGCAGAUGUGGACUCAGAUGCCGACCUCUCAACACAGUCAACUCCACAGGCAGAAAAGCCCCUGCCCAGAGCGGAGUCUCGUGAGUCCAUCAACUCGCUGGCGGGGAUGUUCCAGAGCCUCCCGUUUGGUCGUAAGAACCGCGACACGCCGUCGGACGCGGAGAGCGACCUUGACUCUGAGGCGUCCUUCAGCCUGCGCACCAUGAACAAGGAGGAGCUUUACAGACGCUUCAAGGAGAUGGAGAAGAUGAUGACUGCUUACAGGGGGAAGUACAACGAGAUGGCAUCUGCAUACAGAGAUCAAGAAAAGGAGAAGGAAAAGAUCAAGAACACUCUAACAGAAGCCCAGGACAAGUCUCUCCGCAGAAUUUCAGAAAUGAGAGAGGCAGCAGCCCUGGACCAGCAGGCCAAACGACACCUGGAGGAGGAGUUCCGCUUCAACUUGGAGGAGAAGGAUGAACUCAUCGGAGUUCUACAGACACAGGUGAGGCUGCUAAAGCAAGGAAACCUGGACAAUGCUGCUGAAGGGAGUGCCAAUGCCAAGGGAGAUGGGGACACUGUUGAUUCUUCAGAGCUGUCCAAGACGAACGUGAUCCUUAAGGAGAAGGUGCGACGUCUUGAGGAUCUGCUGAACAAAUGUAAGGACAUGAUCAAGAACAACAAGGAGCGCACAGCUCAGCUGACCAGCGAGAAGGAGAAACUGGCCACGGAGCUGGAGAGCAAGACUCAACUGGCCCAGCAGCUACAGGAGUGGAAGGACAAAGAGCAGGUGCGGCUGGACGGCCAGCUGCAGGAUGCUCGGCACCUGAUCGAGCAGCUGGAGUCCAGCACCAAAUCCAGCCGCGCUCUGACGUCACAACAUCAGGACUUACUGCAGAGUCUGGAAGGCAAAGAUAAAGAAAUCAAGCAGCUGAAGGCAGAACUACAAGCCCAGAAGAUAGUAUCUGCAGAGCUGGGGAAGUCUUCAGGAGGUGACAAGAGCAAAGACAAGGAGGUGUCAGAACUCAAGGCACGACUUAAGGAACUGGAACAGAACAACAAGACCAACGGGAACGUGGAGCAGUCUUCAGGAGGUCUGGAGUCUGCCUCAGCUGUGGAGGAGCAGCUGUUACAGAAGGACCAGGAGUGGCAGGCCAGGCUGUCAGCACGGGAACACCAGCUGCAGCAGCAACUGGAGGCGAAGGGUCAGUUGUUGGAACAGCAGAGGGCAGAGUGGGAGGGUAGGCUGGCAGAACUGGCCACCAAGAAGGACAAGCAGCUUCAAGACGUGCUUGGUUCCAAGGAGGCAGAGAUUGAAGAAGUAAGGAAAAGUCUCAAGGAAAUUUAUGUUUAA